UUUUUCCAAUUGAAGCCCCACGUAGCCCUGAUUCUUCACUGGGACUUUUCUAUAGAGAAGAGGCCCGGCCCGCCCAAUUUUGUUACAGCUUACCCAUUCGGACUUCCAUGGCGGCACUCCGAAGAGGCGAAGCUACGGGACUGGAUUUCCGUCGCCCGAGCUACGUGUUUCUCUUCCUCGCCCUUCUUACGAUCGCUUUUCAUCGAUCAGGUGCGGAAGUGGUGACACUUACGGCUGAUACAUUUACUGACAAGAUUAAAGAGAAAGAUACCGUGUGGUUUGUGAAGUUUUGUGUUCCUUGGUGUAAAUAUUGCAAUAAAUUGGGAACACUUUGGGAAGAAUUGGGAAAGGCUGUGGAAGCUGAAGAUGAGAUAGAGGUAGGAGAGGUAGAUUGCAGUCUGAACAAAGCAGUAUGCACCAAAGUUCAUAUUUAUUCAUAUCCCACUUUUAAGAUAUUCUAUGAUGGAGAGGAGUUUGCAAAAUACCAAGGACAAAGGGAUGUUGAGUCACUUAAAUCAUUUGUUCUGAAGGAAGCGGAUAAAGCUACAAAAACAGAGAUGGAAGACGAGAAGGAUGAGUUAUGACAUGUGAGUGAAAUGUUUCACCCGCACUCAGAUUUUGCUAUUGUUUUUUUUCACUAAAGUCUAAAUAAGACUGUCAAAUUUCUUCUCUUUAGCAUUUUGACUUGUUUUAAACUUAUUUUUGUCACCCAUUUAGAAGCAGCCAACCUAGCCAUUAUGUGCAUAGGGAGAGUUUAUCAAUGAAUCAAGUAUUAUUUUUUCAAACUUAUUUUCUUAUUUCUUAUAUGGACUUUGA